CUAACGUCGUUCCAGAAGACAGAAUGAAUAAAUCUUCCUGUACUCGUGUGAGCUUUGACUUCGAGCACAGAUUUCUGCCUCCUGUUUACAUCUUAGUCUUCAUCCUUGGUCUGGUAGCUAAUGGAUGGGGGUUGAAGUCUUUGCUGCAGAACUGGAAGAAACUGGGUAACGUCAAUGUUUUUGUUCUCAACCUCGGACUUGCAGAUAUUCUGUACCUGCUCACGCUCCCAUUUUUGGUGGUGUACUACUUCAUGAGGAGUAAAUGGAUCUUUGGAGAUGCAUUCUGCAAGAUAACACGAUUCUGCUUCAACCUGAAUUUAUAUGGCAGCAUUGGGUUCCUUACUUGUAUCAGUGUGUACAGGUACCUGGCUAUUGUCCAUCCAAUGAGAGUGAUGGGAAGAAUAACUGUCACCCACUCUGUGGGGAUCUCCGUCAUGGUUUGGCUGUUGGUGAGCGUUCAAAGUCUUCCAGACAUGUUCUACAGCAAAACAUUCGGAAACAAGCCUGGGAAAUGUUAUGAGACCACCAACAACAACUAUGUUGAGGAUUACCUGAACUACAGCCUUGGAAGGACCGUCACUGGGUUUUGCAUCCCAUUCCUCAUCACACUGGGCUGCUAUGGACAUGUGAUUGUUUUUCUCUGCCGCACAAAAAACACUGACAAGGUACUGAAACAGAGAUGCUUGAAGUUGUUGUGCAUCUUGAUUCUCCUCUUCUCUGUUUGUUACGUCCCCUAUCAUGUAUUCAAGAACCUCAACCUCUGGUCAAGAGUUCUGUCCAGACAGAAGAUAUGCCGCGAGUGGUUCAAUGGAGUCUUCAUUACUCAUCAGAUAACUCGUGGCCUUGUGUGUCUGAACAGUGCUCUCAACCCUCUGGUUUACCUCCAUGGAAAUGAAGAUAUUCUUACUCAGGUCAGACGACGACUCCAGCAAGCUCGUCAGAUAUUCAGCCGCUUGAAUCCGGCAAACUCCGGCUGUGUGCCUGUGGCACAAGCUGCAGAUGAAGUUGAAUUAGAGUUAAGACGUUAACAUUAACUGUUAAAUAACAUUGAGCUCAAACGGCAUGCAGCUGUCCAUCACAACAAGUGGUGUGAAUUGACUGCAGUGUGUAUGAAGUUGUUAGUUGUUUUCUUACGUUUUGCUUUUUUUGCCUUAAAUAUUAUUUUUGCUGUACAGUAAUAUUGUUUUUCAUAUCUUAAGGUACAACAUGUUGACACAUUUUGCAAAUAACAAAAGGCAAUUAAGAUAAACUCCAGCUCUCGGUGUGUCUCUGUUAUCUUUCAGAAGAGCUUCUUUCACUGCGGUGUGGCUUGUUAUAAUCUAACACUGAUCACUAUAACUCUGCUGAUACUCAUGCUGCUGCAGCUCCCUCCACCACCGCAAACUCAGCACAAAUCCCAUUGUUCUGUAAAACUUAAAAAAAAACUAAAACAAAUUUGGUCACAAAUACGUGUUUUAUUUGUAAAACAUUUUCCUCAAAAAGCCGGGCGCUGUAGUUUUGAUCGAAAACUAAAACUGGAGUAAAAGGUGCAUUCGUUGGACUAUAUUUAACCGUGGAUUAAUCCACGUUCGGUGCUCCAGUGAGUAUUUGGGCCAGCAGGAUAGUGUUUUUGACUCAAAGUAAACUACUGUGUGUGUGUGUGUGUGUGUGUGUGUGUGUGUGUGUUAAUGAAGGAACACGUCACGCAGUGCAACAGUGAGGCUCAUUGUGUUUUUAAUUGUGUUGAAACAAUUUCAAUCUCUGGUAAAGAGAUCUAUUUAAUCGGAGGAUAUGCAGUGAGUGGUUGAAUGGAUUCUACAUUGCUCUUCAGAUUAUUCGUGGCCUUGUGUGUCUGAACAACAGUGCUCUCGACCCUCUGGUUUACCUUCACGGAAAGGAGAAUAUUCCUUCCCAGCUCAGACGACGAC